UCUCAGUCUCACGGUCGGCUCAAGACAACGAAUGUACUGUCAGUGUCAAAGUGGACGUGUUGUCAUGCUAAGGCAUUAUUUUAACUCUCUUCACGGAUUAUAUGUCAACUGGUAUGCAAGAGACACAUUCUAAGGAAGGAAAGGAAAGCAAAGACGAAGCUGGAAAUAAUUGCGGGAAUGUGCGUGAGCUCCUUGAUGCUUGUGUAAACUCGUAUUCCACAAGUUAUACCAACAGAGGAGGAGGAGUCGAGUUUCAAGACUCGAGGAAGAGGGAGACGUUGUUGGGAACGUCAGAAAACUCAUAAUGGCGUCCAAUGCCUUGGAGUGCGACGUUUGCAGUAAUGUGUUCAGCGACGAUCAUUGUCCGAGGAUUCUCCCGUGUUCCCACUCCUUUUGCACCAGUUGUAUCAACGGGCUGAUCAGGAGACAAAACAGAAAUUGCCCCAAUCUGCAGAGCAAGUUUCGUAGCGAGUUCUGCCGAAGACCUGAUGAUUAACAGGAACCUCCUGGAUGUUGCCAGGCAACUUUCUUCCAAAGAAACAGAGAAGUCCUUUCUCGGCGUCACCAAUGAUUUCAGGCAGAACUUCCGAGAGAAUGCUAUCAAGGUAGUCCUCGCCGACUGCCAGGAUGCGGUGCACGAGAUUCUGGAUGCCACUGAAAUUCUCAAAGGGAUGAAAGAAAGCAUCCUCGACAUCACCAGAGAAGCCGAGAGGCGCAUGCAAAUGAUGCAGGAGGUGAAGCAGUCGGGUGAAAGCAUUUCGAGCAAUAUCGAUCAAAAUAUCGAUACGAUGAACAGGAGGUUGGAUGUGUUAUUGCAUUUUGAAGAAAACAUGCGAGACACGGACGCUAAACUAGAAUCUGCGACAGACUUUACUUCGGCUGGAAUCAUGAUGGACGCAACAGAGGAGGUCCUUAAUGAAGUUCGCAGUUUGGUCACGGACAUCAGAGGAUAUCUCCUGGAAAACAAAAAAGAAACACAAGACAUUCAGAAGGCAAUUCUUGACACGGAUGCAAGAUUGGCUAGACUUCCAGUUGAAGAUAGAGAUACUGAAGAAGAAGCUAUCAUCAACAUCACGAUUUAAGAAAAGGCUUACCACAGGUGAGAGACAUCCAAAGUUCAUGUGGCUCCAUAAAGGGAAAUGGCCAGAGAGAGAUCUAUGCUGUGAAGACCUUCGCAGGGAAGCAGAUGGUUGCUGGCAGUCACUCC